AUGUCCAGCCAAAAGGAUGCAGGGAUUCCGCUUAAUCAUGCUCCUAACGGGAUCGGUUACAAGCUAUUGGAGCUGCCACCAGAGGUGCUCGCACUCUUAGAGUCGGAAACCCCACCCGUUUUAACCCUCGAAUCGUCAGCAAAUUCGGCAAUUUUAAAAACCGGCACUCAAUCAUGGGCCCUCCAUCAGAAGAAUACAUCAAACGCUUUAAUCAUACUCGAGCCUUCUGAAGGAACAGCCUCUUUGUCGUCAUCGCAGAUACCAGAAACAACCCUCAACGCUAUUGCAACAAUUCACGAUACAAUUGAGCUUGUCUCGGAACCCACAGGAAAGCCAGCCCCCGUUGCGCGGGGCAAGUGGCACGAAAGGUUUGCUCGUGGACGAUAA